AUGUAUUUCCCAAUCAUUGUAUGGUUAUAUGUAUCUAUCACUUUUGUGGUUGCCAAUUAUGGUUUUGAUCAAUGGACAAAUGAUGAUUUAAAACAAUUUUUAAAAGAACGUAAAGUUGCAUUCAAUGAUGCCUUGGAGAAUCCAAAAUUAAUUAGUUUGGCUAAUGAAGAAGCUAAGAAAUUAGAAAAAGGUUACAAGAAAGUUACUGAAGAAUUAAAUAACAAUUUGAAUCCUCCAGAUGAUUCAUUAAAUGAUUAUUUGAAUUUUGAUUACUUAUUUGGGAAAAGAAAAGAAAAUUAUUCAAUUAAAGAAUGGAUUUUUGAAAGUUGGCCAGUAACCAGUUUGCAAACUUUUUUAACUCAAAAUAAUAUCCAAUAUAGUGCAAAGGAUACCAAAGAUGAUUUAAUCAAUAAGGUUAAAGAUCAAUUUGAUUCUAUUUCUAAGAAAAAUCAUGGGUCUAGUUUUUAUCCUGGCAAUUGGUUAUAUGAAUCUUGGUCAGAAAAUGAUUUGAAAGAUUGGUUGAAAUCUUAUGGCAUUGAAUUUAAUCCUAGUUCAACAAAGGAUCAAUUGGUUGAAAAAUUAAAAGAAUUUAGUUAUCAAGCCACUCAUUCAAUUAGAGAUUCCAAAGAAUCUUUAUUUGAUUCAUUGGAUUUAUUUGAUAAAACCAUUUUUGAUAAAAAAGGUCAAAUUGAAGAUGAAUUUUUCCAAACUUGGUCAUAUUCUCAAUUACGUGAAUGGCUUUAUUUACAUGGAUUUAUUGACACUAAACCAGGAAUUUACGUUGAAGAUUUGGAUAAGGAAAAAUUAGUCAAGAUUGCCCAAAGUUAUAAGAAAUGUUUGUUGAGUGACAUUCAUACUUGGUUGGCAAACACUGAAAAGAAGUCUCAACCUUGGAUCACAAAGGGAGAACAAAAGUCUCAGAAAAAGAAGGGUAGUAAUUUGAUUAAUGAUACAUUCUUUGUUGGUAUUAAUAAUUGGUCCAAGGAUAAAUUGCGUGAAUUCUUGGAUGUCAGAAAAGUUCCUUACUCAAUAUUUACCACCAAACAUCAAUUAAUCAAGUUGGUGCAAAAGCACAAGUUUGAUCCAGUUCACGUUGAAACAUAUGCUUGGAUUGUUGAUGAUGUCUCUACUGAUUCUAUCAAGCAAUGGUUAAUUGAACAAGGUGAAAAUGUAGAAGGUACAAGAAAAGAUAUUGUGUCUGCCUUCCAAAAACAAUUUGAGUCUUUGAAAAAAGGAUUUAAGGAUGCUUUCAACAAUGUUGAUCUGCAAAUUCGUUUAUUUGCACCAGAUAUUAAUGGCUAUAAAAGGUACUUGCAGAAGAAAUUGAGUGAAGCUGAAUAUAAAAAGUUGACUGAAGACCAAAUUUCACAAGGUUUUAAAGUUGUUCAAGAAUAUUAUAAUCUGGCUGGUGAUGCUGCGAAGGAAGAAUUUACAAAGACAACUUAUUCAGCUGAGGAAGCAUUGGAUCAAAUUGAAGAAGCAUCAUACGAAUACUCACUUGAAUUCUUACGUAAGCUUGAAAAGGGAGAACAUGAUGUUACUAGUUUUAUCAAAGAUGCCCGAGUUGCAAGUAAAAGUUUUGCUUUGUCUUUAAUUACCAAAUUGAGAGAAAAUGCACAAAAAUUACAAACUGACGCGUUGAAUAAAGUUGGAAGCUGGUGGUAUGGUGCCAAGAGUGGAUUCAGCAACAAGGUUGACGAGGCCCAUCAGGUUGUAUUGGAUGUUCAUGACCAAGCCGUGAAUUACCAAGAACAAGUUGGCAGUCAAUACCUGUCUAUUAAGGCUGAAGCCGAUGAAAAGUAUGAUUCUAUUGCAAAGGAGGCUACUCAGCAAUACGAUACAGCUGUGCAAAAUGCUCAAGAACAAUACAAGCAGGCACAAGAACAUGUAUCUAAAUUUGCCGAUGACGUUGGGUCUCAGGCUACUCAAACUCAUAAAAAACUUGAAAAGGAUUAUGUGACUUAUAAAUCCAAGAUCUUUUCUUUCCUUACUAACGUCUACCGUGGUAUAAUGUAUCGUCUUUCGAUAUUCAAUAGCAAUGCCUAUGAUGCUGCAAAAUCGACAGGAGACGUAAUAAAUAAUCAGUGGAAUAGCGUUGUUCGUACUUACUCCAACGCCGAUUUGAAAGCCUAUCUCAGAUCAUUUGGUUAUAGCUACGAUUGGUUGUCAGCUUUAAACAGACGUGAAUUGUUGAGUUUGGCAACUUUCCAAAACAAAUUAUUCAGUGGAUAUGACAACUUGCAAAACUGGGAAAAAUCUGUUGGUGAAGUUUUAAAUGAUGCUAGUGAUGAAUUGAAAAUUAAAUUGGGAUUGAAAAAAGAACCCAAAAGCUUGAUUGCAAAAUUGAAGUCUGUAGUUGGUUUUUAG